AUGUGCUCCUGGAUCCGCUUCAUCUACGAAUGCCGCUGCAUCGGGCAGUACAUGGCGACACGGUACUGCCAGCGCGGGCCCUGCCCCACGGGCAUGGGCGAGGUGGUGCUGCUCAUCAUACACCGCUUUGUGUGCGGCCCGUGCGGCGAUCUGAGGAUGCAGGUGGCGAGGAGCGAGGCGGCGAAGAAGAAGUAA